GGGCCUCACUAUCUCCAGAAGCCCCGCCCCUUUCGUCACCGCCAAAACCCGGCGUGGAUUUUCGCUCCAGGCGCGCCCGCGGUGCACUGGGCAUGCGCGAGAGGACCCGGGCCCGGCUGGUCGGGGACUCCGGGAGCGCGCGGUGCCCGCGCCGCCGCCGCCGCCGCCGGCUUCCCGCUGCCUCGCUCGCGGCACUAGGAAGGCUCCGCCGCCCCUCCGGCCCCCCCGGGCCCGGGCCCCCGAGCAAGCGGAGGCGCGCCGGCCCUGUUCUGCCCUCACGUGCCGAGGCCGCCGCCGCAGUGACCCCGCCCCCGGGCGGCGAUGUGACCGGCCGGCCGUCCCCGCAGCGCGGCGGGCCGGGCGAUGGCCCUGCGGCCGGCGCUCCUCGCCGCCGGGGGCCGGGAGCAGUGAGGGCCGCGGGCCGGGGAGCGCGGCCCGCGCCAUGGAGGGGGUGCUGUACAAGUGGACCAACUACCUGAGCGGUUGGCAGCCCCGGUGGUUCCUUCUCUGUGGCGGGAUAUUGUCCUAUUACGACUCUCCUGAAGACGCCUGGAAAGGCUGCAAAGGGAGCAUCCAGAUGGCGGUCUGUGAGAUUCAAGUUCAUUCCGUAGAUAACACACGCAUGGACCUGAUCAUCCCUGGGGAACAGUAUUUCUACCUGAAAGCCAGAAGUGUGGCUGAGAGACAGCGGUGGCUGGUGGCCCUGGGCUCAGCCAAGGCUUGCCUGACCGACAGUAGGACCCAGAAGGAGAAAGAGUUUGCUGAAAACACUGAAAACUUGAAAACCAAAAUGUCAGAACUAAGACUCUACUGUGACCUCCUUGUUCAGCAAGUGGGAAAAACGAAAGAAGCGACAACAACUGGUGCGUCCAGUUCUGAGGAGGGAAUCGAUGUGGGAACGCUGCUGAAGUCAACGUGCAAUACUUUCCUGAAGACUUUGGAAGAAUGCAUGCAGAUUGCAAACGCAGCCUUCACCUCGGAGCUGCUCUGCCACACGCCCCCAGGGUCGCCGCAGCUGGCCACGCUCAAGUCCAGCAAGAUGAAACAUCCUAUUGUACCGAUUCAUAAUUCAUUGGAAAGGCAAAUGGAGUUAAACAAUUGUGAAAAUGGAUCUUUAAAUAACGAAAUAAAUGACGAUGAAGAAAUCCCAAUGAAAAACAAGAGCUCCUUGUAUCUGAAAUCUGCAGAGAUCAAUUGCAGCAUGUCAAGGGAAGAAAAUAUAGAUGAUAAUAUAACAGUACAAGGUGAAAUAAUGAAGGAAGAUGGAGAGGAAAACUUGGAAAAUCAUGACAACUUGGCCCAGUCCGUAUCAAACUCCUCAAGUAGCUCUCCGGAAUCCCCCUGGGAAGAAGGCCAAGAAGUUAUCCCGACUUUCUUCAGUACCAUGAACACCAGCUUUAGUGAUAUUGAACUUCUGGAAGACAGUGGCAUUCCCACAGAAGCAUUCCUGGAGUCAUGUUAUGCUGUGGUUCCAGUGUUGGACAAACUUGGCCCUACAGUGUUUGCUCCUGUUAAAAUGGAUCUUGUUGGAAAUAUUAAGAAAGUGAAUCAGAAGUAUAUAACCAACAAGGAAGAGUUUACCACCCUCCAGAAGAUAGUGCUGCACGAAGUGGAGGCUGACGUAGCCCGGGUUAGGAACUCGGCUACGGAAGCCCUCUUGUGGCUGAAGAGAGGUCUCAAAUUCUUGAAAGGAUUUUUAACAGAAGUGAAAAAUGGAGAAAGGGACAUCCAGACGGCCCUGAACAACGCGUACGGGAAGACGUUGCGGCAGCACCACGGCUGGGUUGUUCGCGGGGUUUUCGCGCUGGCUCUGCGGGCCGCUCCGUCCUAUGAAGACUUUGUGGCCGCGUUAACCGUGAAGGAGGGCGACCACCAGAAAGCCGCUUUCAGUGCCGGGAUGCAGAGGGACCUGAGCCUCUACCUGCCCGCCAUGGAGAGGCAGCUGGCCAUCCUGGACGCGCUGUACGAUGCCCACGGGCUGGAGAGCGACGAGGUGGUGUGACGGCCUGGGACAGCGCCGCCCCGCAGGGAAGAGCUUGCUGCCGCCUCUGGCCGCCCCACUUCAUUUCCAGCAGCAGCUUCAACCCUCUCCACCCUCCCGCCAGGCCCUGGGGAGGUGGAGGCAAAGCCCAGUGCUUUUCUAUGUCAUUUUUAAUGCGUAUGUGUUCUGUGUGUUUAAAAAUCAAGGUGCUAUCUAUUUCAGUUCCAAGGGCCUCCUGGAGACUUGAACAGCAAGUUAUAAGAGCAGAUUUGACAAGUAAAUUUGUUGGAUUUUGUUUUGUUUUGUUUUUAGCUUUAAGUUUUAAUGGGCCACCCAACCCAAGCUGAAAAUGAGCAAAGUCUGCAUCAAGGACUGUAACUCACGGGUGGUGUUUCAGCCGGUUUAGGGUUAGACUGGAGCUUCGGGGGAGCUGGGCCCCCGGUGGGAGCUGAGGUGGAGGUUGGCUGUCCCAGACGUUCUUCAGAGCAUCUUCUCUCCGGGCCUGGGCGCGAGGGCCUCUGUAGGCAACGGUGCGGAGCCUGGGGGCGGCAUCCGGAGGAGUGCCAUCCCGGGAGGCUCUGCAGAGCUGAGUGUGCCCCACGCUGGGGGGGGGGGGGGUCCUCCUGCCUGGUGCCCACCCUCGUUCCCGUGCUUCCUCAGACACUGUCUCCAUUGGACCCACAGUGGCCCGGUGACAUCGGCUUGUUACCCAGCUUCAGAAGUAGGGGUCAGAGGUGGAGGGAUGUUCUGCUCACCAUGCACAGCCUCUAACAGGAACCAGGUGAUGCCAGGCGUGAUUGGGUCCCCUCUGCGUCAGUCACCUGGAGGCCGGUCAGAAAGCACAGCCCAGGCUGAGCGGCCUGAGAGCCAAAAGUUUCCAGAGUCUCCAGUCUUCCUGUUUUCCAAAGAGGAGGCGCCUCUGUGGAAAUGACAGUUACAGGGGGAGUGAGAGUGUGCCGUGCGUGCUCACAGCUUUCCUAACGCGGGCAGCACCGCCGGCCAGUGGCUCCCGGUGCGCGCUGGUCAGGCGUGGCUUACCCACCCAUCGCACAGGCUAAAGGCAGCUGCUCGGCAGUCUCCGCAGCUCGGGGACUGGCAAGACAACCUUGUGUGGGCGCUGCCCUGGAAAGCGUGGUCCUGGGACUGCCCUGUGCAAGGGCAGAGCACCCUCCUCAGGGAGGUGCGUGGGGGAGGGCGGAUUGGCCCUCGCUGUCUCGGGACAGAUGGGCGUUGAUUUCUCUCGGUGGUGGAGCAGGUGCUCUGUGCAUGAGGACCUCUGGGAAAGGCUCCCGCUCAGAAAAGCGCCAUCAGGCGUUUCAGGCUGGGCGGAAACGGUGCUGCGAGGCCUUCCUGUUGGACUUACCUGGUAGGGGCGGGAUAUGUUGUUCCCCCGCCCACGAGGAACUGUGGGUCUCCCUGUCGGGCCGGUGUGACAAUGACAGGGACCAGGGGUCCUGCCCUUGACAUCGCCCCUAAAAGGCAAAGAGACAGCAGCCAGGCUUUGCUCGCACCUCGGAUGGAGACGCUGUGGGCCUUGUGCCCGGGAGAGGCUGCUGUGAGCGCGGUGACAUGUCCGUCCAGCCGCCCGCCGCGCUCCCACUGGGCGGACUCCCGAGGUGGGGGAGUCAAACAUACCUCAGAUUUGCCCACGAAGCUGUGAAUUCACAGAACCGUUCCUGUGGUGUAGGUACGUGGUGGACAGCCUCAGUCUUCUGGGGAAGAGCGUUUAGUAUGACCUGGCUCACUGGGGAUCCAGUAGGAUAACGGGUACGUAAGCUCCGUUUGCUGCUCACCCUGUCCCGGCUCCAUAGGAGGGUGAUGUCUUUUGACUGGAGCACCUAAGCUGCCUAAGACAUGUGACGCUCUGAGAGUCCUUCAGUAAAGAGCCAGGAGUUAGCCCGGUGCCAGGCCAUAGCUCACCUGCCCUACAGCUGGGCACCGUGGCACUUCCUCCCGGACCCACAGCUCUGCGCCCCAUCUUGGUCCAAGUCCUAAUGUGCGCUACUUCGCAGUUACCGUCUCAGGAGGGGGCAGAGAAAAGGUAGUGAAGGCUUUCCCCCGUAAUCCUGCCGGACUCCGGGACACCGAAGCUUCCCUCCACCUGCCGGCAAGAAGAGAGAGCAGAGCGCCGUGUUUGCCGCAGAGCAGUCACCUCGCUCUCGUGGCUCAAACACUGAGGUCCCUUCUCCAGAGGAACCGUAGAGCGAUCCUGCAGGGGAAGGCAGUGUGCACCAGGCUGGGCCCUUCCCCGGCAUUCCAUACACCAUCGCAUCCUGUCCGCGCCUGUCCCACAGCUCGGGAGGGCUCAGAAUCCUAAUCAGUGACAGCUGCUUUGUCCUUUGAAAGCACACUUGACAUUUUGUAGCGAAUCCUGUGAAAAUUAAGUUGGAGGGGUGCCCUUUGGGGGGCGAACCCCACUGGUGAGUGACAGGGAGGUGGAGAGUUUUCUCAUCAGCUCUGCAGGGCGGUCAGAAGUGGGGCUGCCCGGGACUUGGAAAGGCUGUGUGCUGCCCAUCAGGAGCUGUAGGUAGUGGCUUGAGGCAGCUUGCCAUUGUUUACGGCCACUCUGAACUCAAAGCUCCCCAAUGCCUGUUCCGAGGUGAGGGGCAGCUGAGCCCCAGGUGGUCGGGCGGCCUCCUUCCUCACACUUGCCCGCACUGCCCUCAUCUGCCCCCAUCGGAGCAUCCGCCCCACCCCACCCCUGAGCUGCUCUGCCCCUCCCCCAGCAGCACCCCUGGCAGCCACCUCACCAGGCUUAGGUGCCACAUCAGCAGGACUGCACGCCCUCCCAGACUGCAAGGGCUCCCUCAGAACCCUCGUCCCCAGGUCCCGCGAAGCAGGGCACCCCGGCUGCGAGCCUCCCAGAAAGGGGAUGUGGAAUUGGAGGAGUGCAGCUCGGGAAGUCCGCCUUCCCCUUCCAGUGUGCGUACAUCCACAGAGUGAAUGCUUUCACCUUCCUGUUUCCAGAAAAGUGGUUUUAACUUUUAAAAUUUGUGGUGGGGACCAGUAGAUAAAGUGCCCGCUUCUUUAUUCGGUGUGGAACUAGUACAAGAGCGGGGUCGAGGGCAUUUUACUAAGGAAACUUAACCCGACUGAGCAUCUCAGGCACCAGUGAGGCCAGAGAGGGCGCCAGGGGUCCUGGGCAGGAAACCUUUGAAGGAAAACUUGUUUUGUUUUGUUUUUUUGUUUUUUGUUUUUUCUACUCAACUACCAUGUCCUACAAGAAGUUGGUUACACAAUGGUGCAUUUCUGAAUCACUGAUUAAAACCAGUUGUUUCUGAUUGUAGUCAUGGGUUUUACAAUCCUCAGCUCCCCCCACCCCUCCUGUUUCAUUUCUUUCUAAGGUGAGCUGUCACCUUUUUUAUACUUUUAGAUUUAGAAGUAAAGCAUAUUUUAAGCCAUUGUUCUCUCAGCUGAGCUGAUGUGUUUGGUCUGGGGACCUAGCGCCGUUGCCCUUGAUCGGAUGCGGUCCGUACGCAGACGUCAGUGUGUGCAGCACACCCGUGUCCUGUAGGCUGUGGACAGAGGGCUUUCCUUAGACAUGCGUCCUGCUCCAGGGUCCCUUUGUGGUCUGCAGUUGCCUACUCAGGGGCUCACAGUAAUGACAUGGAAUAGCCACUAGCUGUCUGAUGGUGUUGUGAGACUGCUUCUCUGUCACAAGGCUGCUCGGGAGGGCUCAGAAUGGAAGAGCCCUCAGAAUGGAGGGGCUGCUUGUUGUGAGCACUUCCUUUCAGAGCUCCAUGUGCAUCCUGCUCUCUAGACCGUCCCGUCCGCUCCCCCUGCAUCCGUGCAACCAGAGCCGCCCGCAUGGCUUCUCCUCGCUGCUGCGCCAGGGCCCCCAGGCAUGACCGAGCGCUGCUGACGGUCCAGUUGACGCUGGCGUUGACCUCGCUCCUCUGCUGUUCUUAACCUUUCACUGAAAGGAGAACAUGUACCAUGACCUGUGAUGCAAACGUUCUUUGGUUACCCUUUUGAAUCACUUCUCCUCCAGAGGGAACAAAUGCUUCCAGCUAAGCUAGGUGAGAACCCAAGAAAGAGGGGCUGCUUGUUGCAAGCACUCCCUUUUUCUUACACACAUUUUAAAGCGUGGUGUUUCCUCCCCGCACCUCAUAAACAGAACCACCGGGGAUGGUUGGUCUUUUGCAAAGCUGGUCUCAUCCGCAUGGACUCCGGUAGAUGCAUGGAGUCAGUGAUGACAGGAAAGGUGAUCUAGAAGUAAUUCUGUUGCUUCCCAGAAGGCUAAUGAGCCAGUCACAUGGCAUAUUUGAUGUAUGAGUCUCCUGAGUCAAGACAAUUUCACUAGAAUGUCAGUAAACAGCCCAACUACCUCAUGUGAAAUUGGCUGUGACAAUCUGUGUCAGAUGAGACAUGUGUUAAGGUCACUUUAAUCUGGUGAAUAGAUGAGACAAAAUGAUAUCUCUAUAAAGAACACGUUCGACCAGAUGCCAAAGGCUGUCAUGUACAUAGGUUUCCUUGGAUUGAUUUUUUUAAGUCAGUGUUUAAUUCCACCCCCAGUAUUCUUAUCUCAAAUGUUUGUGGUCUCAUAGAUCCAUGCACUUUGAAUAUCUGUCCUACGCAGUCUUUGUUUCCAGUUCUUGUCCUUCAACGUUUUGACUGAGCAUCAUAAUGAGAGUAGAAAACAAAUGUCAAGUGGCUUGUUGAUUUCUUAAUUUUGAUGGACCUCUAUUUAGAAUAUAAUAUGUUGGAGCCUUUUUAGGACCAACCAAUGAAUGAAGAUGUCAUGUUUAUUGUUUCAUGUAAAACUCUGUCCAAGUUCUUAUUCUGUAUCUUGUUGGGGGUCGGGGGCGGAGAGCAGAACAAGAGAGGGUUUUACUUUUUUUGCAAAAAUGUUUAAAAACAUCUGUCAGAUUUUAUAUUCGUUAGUUAUAAUAAAGUUAUUUUCAAAGUA